AUGACUGAGAGGGACAUAAUCAAUUACCUGCAACAGACACACGAUCGCGUCUUCGAGAACAACAAGGCCUGGGCGGCCGAGAAGAAGGCCAAGGACCCCCACUUUUUCGAGAAGCUGGCGGCCGGCCAAAACCCCGAGUAUCUCUGGAUCGGAUGCAGCGAUUCACGUAUCCCCGCCGAGCAGAUUACGGGUUUGGAGCCCGGCGACGCGUUCGUGCACCGCAACAUUGCCAACCUCGUGUGUAACACCGACCUCAAUGCCAUGAGCGUCAUCAACUAUGCCGUCGAGCACCUCCACGUCAAGCACAUCGUCGUGUGUGGGCACUACGGAUGUGGUGGUGUAAAGGCGGCGUUGACUCCUAAAGAUCUGGGCAUUCUUAACCCCUGGCUGCGCAAUAUCCGCGAUGUUUAUCGCUUGCAUGAGAAGGAGCUCGACGCCAUCGAGGAUGAUCAAGCUCGGUAUGAUCGUCUCGUAGAGCUCAAUGUGUAUGAGCAGUGCCGCAACGUUAUCAAGACCGCCAGUGUUCAGCAGUCCUACGCCAAGAACAAGUAUCCCAUUGUUCACGGCUGGGUGUUUGGCUUCCGCGACGGCCUACUGAAGGACCUUAAGAUCGAUUUCGAGACCGUUCUCAAGGACAUCCAGAAGAUUUACAACCUCACCGAGUCAUAG